GUUGGACUGUUGUGCCAUGGAGCCCAUGGACGCAGAGACUCGGUGGCUGGCUGGCUGACUGACUGGCACGGCGGCUGCAAGGUGGCAUGCUCAUCGGUGAUUCAGGGCCUCCUCGGUGGCUCCACGAAAUUCAGCCCGUCUCUAAUAUGGUUCAAUACAGUUUGGAUGCAGAGGGAGUGAGGAUUUUGUUCCGCUGCUUGGCCUUUGCUGCAAGCUUCGGUCUCUGCUCAGACUCUGCGCUGCUGCAAUUUCGGCCGCGAGGAUCGCGCUGCUCCGCCUGGUCGAGAACUGGUCGUGGUCUGGAACCCGUGGAAGACACGGAGCAGCUGCAUUUCGAGUGGGGACAUUUCGAGUGUUGGGUCUUCGUGAGCCAUGAGUCAACUGGAGCAGGAGCUGGCCUGCGAAAUGCAUCUGAUUGUGCCUCCGGAUCAGGUGUGGCGGGCAUUCAAGGACUUGCAUAACCUUCUGCCUCGGAUUCUGCCCGGAUUCAUCGACAGCGCGAGCCUGCUGGAAGGCGACGGAGGUGUGGGCAGCAUUCGCGAGAUCAAGUUCGGUCUUGUCGUUCCAGGGCAAUCGUACAGCAAGGAGAGAAUUGACGUUCUGGAUAAUGAGCAGCGCAUCUGCAGCUGCAGUAUGCUGUCAGGCGAAAUGAUGGAGAACUUCAGCUCGUACAGAACGACAUGGCAGUUCAAUCCAGCGACAGGUGGCCAGGGAACCGAUGUCAAGUGGAAGAUCGAGUAUGUUCCGGUCGGCGAACAUGGAAGCUUGGAUAAGUUCAAGGACUCGGCUCUUCUGAUGGUCAAGCAGAUCGAGGGCCACUUGAUCGCCACGGCUGAGUACACUCCCCCCUCGCAGCAACAGAAACUACGAGCAGCUCUCCUCAGCUGAUCUUGAAACAACUUCCCAAAUGUGUGCAGUUCUGAUCCAGCUCCGAGAACGCACGAGAUUGAAUGAGGUUCUCAGUUGGUCAUUCUGACAUUGUCUCAUUUCAGAUUUCUCAUUCAUGUACAGGCAUUGCUUUUGUAAUGAGCUCAGCAACAGAUCCAACCAUUCUCAAGGUUUUAGAUUCGAGACUGGUAGCUUUGUAUUGUAGAUAUCACUUGAAGGUCGUCAAGUUGAUGGCAGAUCCGUACUCAAGACUAAUUGUGGUAGCAUGAAUGUAUUUUACUUGUAUAUAGAUUUUGCACACGGUCAUCGAUGACGUGAUAGCCACUGCCAAGUCGAAGGAGUUGAAGAAGAGAGUUUAUUUUUCUACAAAAUUCUUUCCACAUCUUUGUGACUUCUGAUCUAUGUUUAUUUUUUGGAGUCAAUACAAAGACCAUAUUAAUGAC